UCAAAAUUGUAAAGCCAAUGUCGGCCAAAAACUGAAUAUAAAAGCCUAAAAGUUUGGCCAAAGCUACAACGGCUUUGGCAUGCUCUGAAAUUACUUAAAAGCUUUAAAAGUUGGCUUUUCAUAAAUUUUCUAUUGAUUUACCACAAAUCCGUUUCGACACACGAUUACAAGUUCUUUUUCCAAUUGUUGUGAGUUCCCGAUUCACUUUUACAAUGUCUGAUGGCCUAAUGAUGCACGGCGUCAUCACGACCGACCAGCUGAUGCACCAUCGCAAUAUAGCACAGCGGAUUGUGGAGAUGCGAAACCGCUGGAAGGAGAACUUCAGCUGGUAUCCGGAGGCGCAGUUGCAGCAGUAUUCGCGCUUCGACGACAUCUAUAAGGAGAGCCGAGCCAGAUAUGGCGAUGCGGACUUCAAGCGAUAUGUCGAAAUGAAGCGCCUAAGGGGCAUCUACACCACCGACUCCGACAAGGCCAAGCGAGAGGCGUACCAGACGCUCUCCUGCUAUCCCAUGGACUAUAUGAAAGGCAUUAGAUCAUCGCCAACCACAAAUGGUGUUUACGGUCUGAUACCGCCAGCCUAUCAUCAUUUCUGCGAAAAAAAGAAAGUAAAGGAACGUUUUACGAAAACAUAAUAAGGACUUCAACUUCAGUUUGCGAUUGAGGGAGGAAAUAGAAAAGAAGAAGAAAACAAAUGUCUAAUAGGGCUGCUCGGACUUAAAUUCUUAUAUGACAUCAAGCACAGAUAUAUAUAUAUAUAUAAUAUAUAUCAUACAGCACAAAUGUAUAUAUGUAAUAUGUAUCCUUCUGCGUUUGCUUUCAAAUAAGCCAUUCAUUCCAGCGCCAUACUUUGAGAGCUCCUCAAUCUUAUUCGAGCUAACCUAAGCCUGUGAAAAGUGUUUGUCGCCUAAUAACUUAAAAUUAAAUAAUGUAUAUUAAUCGCUACUGAAGAAUUGAUUGACUUAAAGGAAUAAAAAUCGGCUUACAGGACUUUGUGUCUCGAACAUCUCUAUAGUCUAAAUAAAAUCGGUUUUUAUAAUCAUUAAAUUUUAGGCCAUAUGUAUAAUUUUAUCUAAACCAAAUUAUAGACAACUAUUAAUAACAUUUAUUCAGAAGCCUUGAAUUGAGGAGAUAUAAUAAACCCUGAAACUAUUAUACAAA